AUGGAGUAUUGGGAAAAUGACAAUGAUGAAGCAAAUGAGGAACAGGUUAAUGCAGAAUCAAUGUUUUUAUUCAGGCAAGCUGCAGGGGCAAUUCUAAUUUAUUACAGCAAGUACAUGCUUAAGGAGCCAUGUCAUACAUCUCAACGAACAGGUCGUAUACUUAUUCAUGAAAUACUUAAUGGUAAUGAAAGUCGAUGUUACCAAGAUUUUCGCAUGACGAAAACAAUUUUUUUGGAUUUCUGUCGUGAUUUAACUGAAAGAUAUGGUCUCACUCCCACACGAGGAAUGUCUGUUCCUGAAUCAGUAGGAAUAUUUUUGAUGAUUUGUGGGUAUGGGGCUGCGAAUCGAUUGAUACAAGAAAUGUUCAAUCAUUCUGGUGAGACAAUUAGCCGACAAUUUCACAGAGUUUUGGUUGCUGUUAAUAGGUUAGGUAGUGACAUUAUUAAACCACAUCCUAACUACAAUGACGGGGAAGGAUACCACAAUCUGAAUAACCCUAAGUAUUUGCCAUUCUUUAAGGAUUGUAUUGGUGCUAUUGAUGGUACUCAUGUAAAGGCUCGAUUGCCACGAGGUGAAGAGGUACCCUAUAUAGGACGCAAAGGAUAUCCGACCCAAAAUAUCCUUGCAAUUGUGGAUUUUAACAUGUGUUUUACAUUUGCAUGGGCUGGUUGGGAGGGAUCAGCUCAUGAUGCCAGGAUAUUUAAUGAAGCAAUUCGUAGGCCCGACUUGAAUUUUCCCCAUCCAACAAGAGGGAAAUAUUAUUUAGUAGAUGCAGGGUACUCUCAUAAGAUUGGAUACAUGAGGCCAUACAAGGGUGAGCAUAUAAGAUAUCACUUGCAAGAUUUUCGGCGUACGAGAACAACACGAUUGCGUGCACCAAGAGGGUAUAAAGAGUCCUUCAAUUACCUACAUUCUUCGUGCAGAAUGAUUGUUGAGCGCACUUUUGGAGUGUGGAAGAAGAGAUUUAAGGUUUUGGAAGAUAUGCCUGCAUACAAUUUUGAUACCCAACGAGACAUUGUUCUAGGUACAAUGGCCAUCCAUAACUAUAUUAGGAAGAAAGGGGUACAAGAUGUUGCAUUCACUGCAGCCGAAAAUGAAAAUUAUAUUCCUAAUGCACAAUUAGUGACACCAUCUGAUAGUCAAAUUAAUGAUGAAGUGGACCAGAGUGAUAAUUAUUGGAUGGCAGUGCGGGAUGCUAUAGCCCUAGAUAUUGGACAACCACAAUAA